UGGCGAGAGUAAAGUGACAAACAGCGGAGAUAUCUGACGCUGAAGACGCUAUUGGCUGACAACACUUUGUAGCCCACUGUCUGUGACAGAGAGUGGGAUUUCCUUAACCGUUUCGUGAUGCGUAAUGACCCGACGACACCCCCCACACACUUUCUACAUGACAAGGGUCUGAUUUGUUUAUUGCACUCAAACAUAAUCUCUCAACUGUUAAGGGGCUUUUAGAUCGAGCUUGUUGAACCUAUUCAACUCUGUUUGUUUUUAGACACAUAAACUUCUGCUUCCUCAAAUAUUGAAUGGCUGUUGCUGGAGCUUUCACUUUCUCUAUAGAGCGAUUCGGCAGGUCACAGUGGAGAAUUCAAGGGGAAAUUUCAGCCCUGAUGGGUGGGAGUUUCCACUGCGAUGGAGGUGGAGUUACAGUGAGGGUUUGAUCUGUUGUGGUUGUAAGCAUAUUACCUCAUAUGUCAAAUGAGUGUUGGAAGUGUUUGUACAGUAGUUUUGGCACAGCACUACUUCUUUUACACUUUCUUCUACUUUUCGGCAAACUCAAAUCAGAGUUUAACCUCACAGCUUGGUUCCUGACAGCUUUUUUCCCUUCAACAACAACAACAACAAAGCGGUGUCAAAAUGAAGUUUCUUGAGCUGGGUGACUCGAUCGGUCGCUUCAGGUUUUUACAGUCCUGUUUGGGAUUAGUGGGGUGCCUGUGUGUGUGCUAUGCAGUCUGGACACCUUACUGGGUGAAGGACAGAGGACUGUGGACGGAGUGGAACGCCACUGAAAGCGACCAGACGAAUCCUAAAGAUGAUAUUGGCAUCAACGCUCUGGAAGCAGAGAGGGUCUUUGGAGUUCUCUCCUCCCUGAUGGCUGUGAGCACGGCUGCUCUGUGUCUGGUGUUUGCCCUCUGCUGGACUUCUCAGACGGUGCGCUCCUACUCAAACACUCGCGCUCUCCUCAUUGUACGAAAGGCGCUCUACCCCACUACCCUGCUGCUGUUCACCAUGGCCCCCACAGGUUUCUUCUUCCUCCUGAGCUGGUCUUUUUUCACAUAUCAGCACCGUGAAGAAAUCAGUCAGGACUUCUCCAGUCUUGGCUCUUCCUAUUGGCUGGGAGCUUUAGGUUGGACCCUGCUGCUCGUCGUGGAGCCGAUCGUCUUUAUCGUUGAACAGGCUGUCGUGCCGGACAUCCUACCUGACUUGGAGAAUGCUGUGGAGCCAUGCCGGAUUUCCUCUCCAUCUGAGGCCGACGAACAGUCUUUUAGUCAAAGUUCUCAUCCUUUAAGCCCCAAAAGCAACAAGGGUGUGAUGAAAUAUAUGUCUGAAUUUUGAAUGGAGUUCAGAAACAAAAAGGACAUGAUACAGAAUAUGAAGCUAAAUGAGUCAGUUUACACAUUAAUCCACACAAACUCAGCUGGCUGUGUAUUGAAAGAAUCCUGAAGUCAGCAGAAUUGAAGUUUCCUGCUGGGCUUACUGUGGAAAUCAUUUUCUGGUUUGUUUUGUUCACUGGUUCACUGAUUUGUUGAUUGAAAUGAAAUGAAAACACACUAAAGACCAAUAAUAUACCAACUAGUGUAAUACACAACUAAUGAUAGGUUUGUGCCUCAGCCAGGAUCAGGUCCAGGUAUAAAGGGCUCUGAGUUAAGUCUACGUAAACAAGAUAUUCAGUUAGUACAUUUAUCUGAAUGGUGGUGCUGCGAUAUAUCUUACUUGAUGUCAUUGUAAUGACCAUGCGACACUUCAAAUAGUAAUUCUCAUGUAAAAGAUGAUAGGUACUGAUUAAUGUUGACAGGCUGACAGAUUUACACAUUACAAGCAUUUUUGGUCUGUUACAUAGGUUUUUCUUUUUUGUUUGCAUAGAGAUUUAACUUGGGUUUAUUUAUAAACAGAUGAGUAGUUCUCAGAUAUAUUCGAGAGCCCAUACUGUAAUUUCCACUACAGCAUUGUUUUAAUGCAGAGCUCUAUGAGGGCCUGAAGAUCAUGGCCAUUCA